ACAUCCUUGGACGAAAAAAUUAAAAAAAAAAAAACAGCCGGAAAAUAAAAAUCGCCGUCAACAUACAACAACAACAAGAGACUUCUCCGAUUACUUUUAAUCGUUUAGUAGAUUCGAUUUGCACGUCUCCUACCUUUUCAUUGAACUGCUAGGACAAAACAAUGGAAGCUCGUCCGGUUCAGAGAUCAGGUUCUAGGGAGAUUAGUAACCUAACUCGCACUUCUCCAAUCCCAUCUUCUUCAGAGAACAACAACAACAACACUCAGUUCAUGUCUAAGCCGUUAGGAGGACAAAACUACCAUUUGCUGGCCUCAAGUAACGGUGGAGCUGUUGGACAUAUAUGCUCUUCCUCAUCCUCUGGUUUCUCUACCAAUCUCCAUUACUCAUCUAUGGAGAAGCACUACGCAGGUAGCAGCAGUAAUGCCGCUGCUGCUGCUGCUGCGUCGAGGGACGAUAGUUCUUGGUGCAGUGAUUCACUGCAUGGAGGGUUUCUUGAUUUCCCUGAAAACCACCACCACGCCAGCCAGAUUGAGGACGGUGGUGGCAUUGGCGCGGCGUUUGAUGAUGUUCAGAAACGUAAUGAUUGGCAUGAGUGGGCUGACCAUUUGAUCACCGAUGAAGAUCCUUUGCUAUCAACUAACUGGAACGAUAUUUUGCUUGAGACUAGUUCCAACUCAGACUCAAAGGAUCAGAAAACUCUGCAAGAUCAACCGCAACAACCGCAGAUUGUUCAGCAGCAGCAACCUUCUCCUUCUGUGUCUGUGGAGUUGCGGCCUGUCAGCACAACAUCUUCAAACAGUAAUAACGGAAAUGGGAAGGCACGUAUGCGUUGGACGCCAGAGCUGCACGAGGCUUUUGUUGAAGCUGUUAACAGUCUUGGUGGCAGUGAAAGAGCUACUCCUAAAGGUGUGCUUAAGAAAAUGAAAGUUGAAGGCUUGACUAUAUAUCAUGUCAAAAGCCAUCUGCAGAAAUAUAGGACGGCUAGAUAUAGGCCAGAACCAUCAGAAACUGGUUCUUCAGAGAAGAAGUUGACACCACUUGAACACAUAACAUCUCUUGACUUGAAAGGAGGGAUGGGUAUCACCGAGGCUCUGCGACUUCAGAUGGAAGUACAGAAGCAACUCCAUGAACAGCUCGAGAUUCAAAGAAACCUGCAACUCCGAAUAGAAGAACAAGGCAAGUACCUGCAAAUGAUGUUCGAGAAACAAAACUCUGGUCUCGGCAAAGGCACAGCCUCAACAUCAGAUUCACCAUCCAAAUCCGAACAAGAAGACAAGAAAAUCGCUGAUUCAAAGGACCUCACAGCAGAGGGAACCGGGAAAUGCAAAGAGCCAGAAUCUCCACAGCCAAAGCGCCCCAAAACCGAUAACUGAGAGUUUAACAGAGUGGGAGACUUGAAGACUUCUCUCUCUGCUCUCUCAACAAACAACAGAUCCUCAAAGAAGAAACCAAAAACAAAUAAGAGUUCGUUUGGGAGAAUCUUCAUCAUCAUUCGAAUGUAAUCUAAAUGCUCAACUCAUCAUUAGUUUACAGAUACAUAUUCUGUCUCAAUAUUUUCAGAAUAUUAGACUUAUAACUGGCUUACAAUGACACUUGACCACAACCUAUUCAGUUUCUUUUCAACUAUGUGUUACAGAAUGUAUAUAAACUUCACAUCAAAUCAGAUACUCACACAUACAUCUUUA